CAAAGGUAGCUCAGAACUGGGUCCUUUAAUCAGCGAGGUCCUGAAAGUUAUAAGCAGUUGUAAAUUCCUUGUACUUUUCUAGACAAAUGUUUGCGGAUCUCAGGUUCUGGUACAGUUAUAGCAAUAAUCAUUACGUCUUUUUUUAAUAAGUUUAUAAAUGAUUUUUUUUAUCCAAAAAGGUAAAUAGAGUGUUCUACGGCAAUCUGUCAGGACCUGGGAGUCGCUGCUUCUUCCGCCCUGGCCUGAGCACAGCAGAGGGGAUCUGUUGCAGUCAUGUCCGCUGCGAUUGCAGCUCUAGCUGCCUCGUAUGGUUCGGGUUCGGGGUCCGAAUCGGACUCGGACAGUGAGGGCAGUCGGUGUCCGCUGCCAGCCGCCGACUCUCUCAUGCACUUGACCAAAUCGCCUUCAGCCAAGCCCUCUCUGACAGUGGCGGUGGACUCGGCUCCGGAGGUGGCAGUUAAGGAAGAUUUGGAGACUGGAGUUCACCUUGACCCCGCUGUCAAAGAAGUGCAGUAUAAUCCUACCUACGAGACCAUGUUUGCUCCUGAGUUUGGACCAGAAAAUCCCUUUCGAACACAGCAAAUGGCUGCUCCCAGAAAUAUGCUUUCUGGCUAUGCGGAGCCAGCGCACAUCAAUGACUUCAUGUUCGAACAGCAAAGAAGAACGUUUGCCACGUACGGCUAUGCACUGGACCCUUCCUUAGAUAAUCAUCAAGUGUCUGCUAAAUAUAUCGGCUCUGUGGAAGAAGCUGAAAAGAAUCAAGGUUUAACUGUAUUUGAAACUGGUCAGAAGAAAACAGAAAAGAGGAAAAAGUUCAAAGAAAAUGAUGCAUCUAAUAUUGAUGGUUUCUUGGGACCGUGGGCAAAAUAUGUGGAUGAAAAAGAUGUAGCCAAACCUUCAGAAGAAGAGCAAAAGGAGUUGGAUGAAAUCACAGCAAAGAGGCAGAAAAAAGGCAAACAGGAAGAGGAGAGACCUGGGGAGGAGAAGACAAUCUUACAUGUUAAAGAAAUGUAUGACUAUCAAGGCAGGUCCUAUCUUCACAUACCUCAGGAUGUUGGUGUUAAUCUACGGUCGUCUGUGCCACCUGAAAAAUGCUAUCUUCCCAAAAAACAAAUUCAUGUGUGGUCUGGACACACAAAGGGUGUCAGUGCGGUCAGGCUGUUCCCUCUUUCUGGACAUUUGUUGCUGUCUUGUUCCAUGGACUGUAAAAUUAAGCUAUGGGAAGUUUAUGGAGACCGGCGCUGUCUGAGAACAUUUAUUGGUCACAGUAAAGCCGUGAGAGACAUCUGCUUCAACACUGCAGGCACACAGUUCCUCAGCGCGGCCUACGACAGGUACCUGAAACUCUGGGACACUGAGACGGGACAGUGUAUAUCAAGAUUUACAAACCGAAAAGUACCCUAUUGUGUCAAGUUCAAUCCCGAUGAAGACAAGCAAAAUCUCUUUGUGGCUGGGAUGUCUGACAAAAAGAUCGUGCAGUGGGACAUCCGCAGUGGAGAGAUUGUUCAGGAGUAUGAUCGGCAUCUGGGAGCUGUCAACACCAUUGUUUUUGUUGAUGAGAAUCGAAGAUUUGUGAGCACGUCGGACGAUAAGAGCCUAAGAGUUUGGGAAUGGGAUAUCCCUGUGGACUUUAAGUACAUAGCAGAGCCCAGUAUGCACUCGAUGCCUGCGGUGACUUUGUCUCCAAACGGGAAAUGGCUAGCAUGCCAGUCGAUGGAUAACCAAAUUUUGAUUUUUGGAGCACAGAACAGGUUCAGAUUAAACAAGAAGAAAAUUUUUAAGGGCCAUAUGGUAGCAGGCUACGCUUGUCAAGUGGACUUCUCCCCAGACAUGAGCUAUGUGAUUUCAGGAGAUGGAAAUGGAAAAUUAAACAUCUGGGACUGGAAGACCACCAAGCUCUACAGUCGGUUUAAAGCCCACGAUAAAGUGUGCAUAGGUGCAGUGUGGCACCCACAUGAGACAUCCAAGGUCAUCACGUGUGGUUGGGAUGGCCUCAUUAAAUUGUGGGAUUAACGGGAUUAGUCCUUUCACAAUCUGGGAUCAUUUUUGAUCCAGUGUCAUAUUUAACUAUUUAAUUAUUAAAAUGUAUUGGAUGACAAUUUGAUUUCUAGGUAAUCUUUUCAUCUAUGGCCUUAUGAAGUUGACCCAUGGUUUUUGUUAAGAGCGUUGUAAAUGUGCCUCAUGGAAGUUCAUUGGCAACUUCAUUUUGCUCUAUAUAGAUGUUAUUUAUAUGAAGAACAACAACUAACUAUAUUUGACAAAGAGUUAUUGUUGGCAGGCAGUUUCCAUUUAUCCCCGAGAUGUCACUGAAAGGAUCGUUUUUUUGGGGGGUCAAGAAAAAAUGCCUAUUGGCUAUGGGAUCCUAGAGGAAAUGAUGUAACUAGUGCCUCAGAAUGGUACCAGAUGCUUACCAAUCCAAGCAGAGUGGAAGGGAAGGGAUGAUACACUCGGGUGUACUGAAGGAAGCCUGAAGACACUCGGAGUUACUGCUCCUACCCUGUUCACUGAAUCAAGUUCUAGUCUUGUGGUUUCACGAGUCCCAUUAUUUUGGUGGCCUCUGAUGUAUAUUUUUACUUGUAAAUGAGUGGCCUUUCUUGGCUACAGCAUUUCUCUAAUUAUUAAGCAAUUUAAAAUUCAAAGCAGCCCACAGUUCCUCCCUUGACUCUCUUCCUGAUCAGGAUGGACAGGACUGUAUAGCCCAAAGCAGAAGUGAGGUGUCUCUGAAGAUGAACUCCAGGGAGUGAGCCAAGGCUUUGAAUUUUACUUGUAAUCACUGUCAGCAAGGACCUGGCUGCACCCUCAGAAAUCAGGGCCUCUAGGGCUCUGCUUCACUACUGCUACUAAUGAAUUCCCUCUGGCCAGAGUAUGAAGGCAGAGUCCAAAUACUAUCUUGUAAUGUCUUUGAAGUCACAUUUUGUUUUUUAUAUUACUCUGGUUUUGCUUGUGAAUACAAACAGUAAAACUUUUGAACGUUAGGAAAGAUUAAACUUCUUUCAGAUCUUUGAAAAAACAUUGACACUAUAAGAAAAUACCUAGAGUCCCCAGUUUGAGAGGCAGUAACCAUGUUUUUUUUAAAAAAAAAAAAAAUCACAUACUGAACUUUCACUGCCAAGCCAUCGCCAUGGUGUGUCUUCAGGAGGGUGGCGUACAGGAGGAAAGAAUUCAUACGAAACCUUUCUGUCGUCCCAACCACUGUCUUAACAAAUGUGAAUUACUGAAGUGUGGUAAGACAGACUUCGGCAGCAGGAUUGCAUGUUGUGAAUCAUAAUUUCGGAAUCUCAAUUUCUCUUAUUGUGUUUUUGACUGUUUCUAAACUGAGUAACUGUACAUAAAAGUUUUCUCUUUUUUGAAAAGAUCCUAUUUUUGAAUAAAGCCUUCUUUUUGUAGAAA